AAAAAAUUCAAUGACUUCACUAAUGAUGGAGAAGACAUAAGGGACUUUUAAAGACGAUUUUUUUAACAAUUACUUAUAACUUCUUUCUAAUGAUUCUUUUGACCAUGAUCAAGAAAAUGAAUCACAAUAAAGUACGAGCAGUAAUGAAGAUAUUACACUUAAAAUUGUCAAUUACUAAGGACUUCCAUCGGAGAAUUAAAAUUAAGGCUUUAAAGUUGAUCUCAAUUAAUAAUAUAAAGUCUAUGUUUCUAAUAGAGAACUUAUAAAAAACCACAUCGCAUAACUAGCUUUGAGGAACACUAAAUCAAUAAAAUAUGAUGUGGCAUUAAUAGCUUUGAGAUAUUUAGAAGGUUUCUUAAAAUAAUAAUCCUUUAAGCAAAUCAACAAUUGUAUAAUUAAAAUUGAGAAUGUAUUUAAAGAAGUUAAAGGAGACAUACAUUAGAUUGCCGAUACGGAGUUCAAUAAUUUCAUUGAGAGGCAAUUUUAUUCAGAUGAGAAUUUUAAUUAGAAAAUAUUCAAUACUAAUAUUUUCAAUAUUAUUGCCAGUUAAUUAAUCUUGUAUAAAAAAGAAAAAUGCAUAAAAAAAUUAAAAGAACGUCACAAAUAAUUGUCUAAAAGUUGGAUUAAUCUUCUCGACUUUUAAAAGUCAGAACAUAAAAAAUAUUUGGAGUUAAUAAAUGAUCUUGAUCUUUAAGGUAUUAAAUUAAGUAACAAUCACCCCGAUAAGAAUUACAAAAAAUAUGAUUUCUUAGAAAUUGCUCUAGAGUUACUUAAGAAUCUACGAGAUAAUUACAAUGAUAGUUCAAUUAAAUAAAAAAUAUUGGAAUUAUUAAAUGGAAUUGUAAAAAUGAAAUACAACAAAUAUACCUAAAAAAAAUAAAUUAAUUUUACUAAACAUGAUAUUACUGAUUUAUUAUAUUUCAAUAAUGAAUUUGAUAUGGAAGCUAUGGAAGAAUUAGAAGGUAUUAAGGACAAGCCUUUAAUUAAAAAAUCAGAAUUAAAAGAAAAAGUGGACAAGCCUUUAAUUAAAAAAUCAGGAUUAAAAAAAAAAGUAAAGCAGGAUCAGUGA